ACUUUUCUUUCCCACUUACUCCCGUUAUCUCCUGUUACAUCCAUUUGAUUGUUGAAAAGUGACUCACCCCAAAAAGAACCAAAACCAUUACACUGCUGCUUAAAAACUGUGCCAAAAGACCAAUUUUGGAAGUUGUUCUUUCUCUCUGAUUUAAAACAUUCUCUAAUCAUAUUAUUCAUUCCUUCUUCUCAUCCCUCAAGCUAAAUACUCUCAUUUAUUUUUAGGUUUGCUAAACUUGGACAAAGUACCUAAAACUCUCCAAGUGGAAAAUAGGUUGGGAUCUAAUUCCAUCAGUAUAACAAUGGUGAAACUGGUUCUUCUCCUUUCAAUCUUCAUUGUCUGCUAUGGAGAAGUCUCAUCAGGAGGGACUUCAAGACCAAAGGUGGUGAAUAUUGGAGCUAUUUUCACAUUAAGCACCAUUAAUGCAAGAGUCUCAAAGAUUGCCAUUGAAGCUGCUGAGCGGGAUGUGAAUUCUGACGAGAGCAUUCUUGGUGGAACUAAAUUGUCCAUUUCUUUCCAUGAUUCCAAUUUCAGUGGAUUCCUUGGCAUCAUUGGGGCAUUGAGAUACAUGGGAUCUGAUACAGUUGCUAUAAUUGGACCACAAAAUUCUGUAAUGGCUCAUGUACUUUCACAUCUUGCAAAUGAACUACAUGUUCCAUUGUUAUCAUUCACAGCACUAGAUCCCUCCCUAACACCUCUGCAGUACCCUUAUUUUGUUCAAACGGCACCCAAUGAUCAGUACCAGAUGGCUGCCAUUGCAGAGAUGGUGAGCUAUUUUGGUUGGUCUGAGGUUAUAGCGAUUUUCAGCGAUGAUGAUCAAAGCAGGAAUGGUGUUACGUCAUUAGGUGAUAGACUCGCCGAAAGGGGCUGCAAAAUCUCAUACAAAGCAGCACUUCCACCUGAUCCAAAAGCAACAAGAAAUGAGGUUAAGGAUCAACUGGUCAAGAUUCGUUUGAUGGAGUCUAGAAUAAUAGUCCUACACACAUUCUCCAAAACAGGACUCAAGGUUUUCGAUGUAGCACAAGAGCUUGGAAUGAUGGAAAAAGGGUAUGUUUGGAUAGCGUCAAGUUGGUUAUCUACUGUUUUGGAUUCAACUUCGCCGGUUUCUCCAAAGAUUGCUAACUCCAUUGAAGGAGCUCUCACGCUUCGACCACACACCCCCAAUUCGAAGAGAAAAAGGGAUUUCAUUUCAAGGUGGGACAAACUCAGUGAUGGCACUAUUGGUUUGAACCCAUAUGGUCUGUAUGCUUAUGACACAGUUUGGGCGCUUGCUCAUGCUUUGAGACUGCUUUUGGACAAAGGAGUAAACAUUUCAUUCUCCAAAUAUACAAAUUCUGGCAAUCUUGAUGCAGGAGGGACUAUGAAUCUCGAAGAAUUGAGCAUUUUUGAUGCUGGAGAGCAAUUGCUAAAAAACAUAUUGGCAACAAAUAUGGCAGGUCUAACUGGUCCUCUUCGAUUUCGUCCAGACAGAGCUAUUAUAAAUCCUGCUUUCGAAAUCAUCAAUGUGAUUGGAAAUGAGUAUAAGAAGAUUGGAUACUGGACUAAUUAUUCUGGACUAUCUGUUGUGUCCCCUGAAACACUCUAUGCCAAGCCACCGAACCGUUCCGUUUCAAACCAACAUUUAGACAAUGUAAUAUGGCCAGGAGGAACAACAGACAAGCCUCGCGGUUGGGUUUUCCCUAACAAUGGGGAGAAACUACGAAUUGGAGUACCUUACCGUGUAAGUUACCGGGACUUCAUAUCCCAAGUAAAUGGUACCGAUGUAGUCCAAGGAUAUUGCAUUGAUGUAUUCCUUGCUGCUAUAAAGUUGCUUCCAUAUGCAGUUCCAUACAAGUUCAUUCUGUUUGGAGAUGGUCAACAGAAUCCAAACUAUCAAGACCUUGCAAACAUGGUUGCUUCAGGUGAAUUUGAUGCUGCAGUAGGUGACAUAACAAUCGUGACGAACAGAACAAGGAUUGUGGAUUUCACUCAACCUUAUAUAGAGUCGGGGCUAGUUGUGGUGGCACCAGUCAGGAAGUUGAGUUCAAGUGCAUGGGCAUUUUUGAGGCCAUUUACUCCAAUCAUGUGGGCUGUCACUUCAUCUUUUUUCCUCAUAGUUGGAGUAGUUGUAUGGAUUCUUGAACAUCGAAAAAAUGACGAGUUUCGAGGGCCUCCUAAGAAUCAGAUUAUCACAGUUCUAUGGUUUGGCUUUUCUACUUUGUUCUUUGCACAUAGAGAAAACACAGUGACCACACUUGGUCGAAUCGUGGUGCUCAUCUGGCUUUUCGUGGUUCUGAUCAUAAGCUCGAGCUAUACUGCUAGCUUGACAUCAAUCCUCACAGUAGAACAGUUAAUAUCACCCAUCAACGGAAUUGAUAGCUUGAUAAUGAACAAUGAACCAAUAGGAUACCAAGUCGGCUCUUUCGCUCAGAACUAUUUGAGUGAAGAACUUGACGUCCCAAAAUCAAGACUUCUUGCUCUUGGCUCACCGGAAGAAUAUGCUACUGCGCUUGAGCAAGGAAUUGUUGCUGCUGUGGUGGAUGAGCUAUCAUAUAUCGAACGCUUCCUCUCAAACUACUGCAAGUUCUCAAUAAGAGGCAAUCAAUUCACCAGAAGUGGAUGGGGAUUUGCAUUUCCAAAAGACUCUCCUUUAGCCAUCGACAUGUCAACCGCCAUUCUUGCUCUAUCGGAAAAUGGCGAACUCCAAAAGAUUCACAAUAAAUGGCUGUCAAGAAAGGCUUGUGAUUCACAAGGCUCCAAUCUUCCAUCAGAACAGCUUCAGUUACAGAGCUUCUGGGGUCUGUUCCUCAUCUGUGGUAGCGUAUGCGUUUUCGCCCUGUUAAUGCAUAUGUGCUUGAUGAUGCGAAAAUUCAGCCAACAAACCCCUGGAGUUUCUGAGCUUUCUAGACAUGGAAGCAGUACUCCUUCAGAACGCUUACAGACUUUCAUGUCAUUCAUUGAUAAGAAAGAAGAUCAACCAGUAAAGAGGUCAAAAAGAAAGCGGAAGGAUACAUUACCAAGUGUCUAUGAGAAAGAAGAUGAAUACAUUAAUAUAUCCAAGAGAACACAUAUGGGAACUUCCCAGAAUGGGUACAGUGGAUGAAACUUAAACUUCAUUAGCUAUACAUUCUCUUACUCUAAUUUUACCCAUUUUCUCUCCACGUUCACAAGCUAUUUUGAUCAUGUUUUUGGUUGUAAAAAAAUACUAUGGUCAAACUGUCAAUGAGCAAAGAUCCUAAAACAGCAAAUUUUCAAGUCUUUUUAUCUACUUAAAGAGAAAAUAUUAGAUAGAACAAAGUUUCUUGCAGACAGGCCUUGAUGAUGGGCAUUUUUAACUUCAUGAUUAAAUUACUGGAGUGCCACCGAUCAA